AUGUGGUACAUAACGCGCAUCCUGUCGGCGCUCCUGUUCCUGUCGAGCGUCGUCUUCACCAUCCCGCUGGCCUUUGAUGUCGGUGGUCGAACCUGCGGCCUUGCAUUCUCCCUCUCGCUGAGCGCCUUCUACUUCUUCUACUCUGCCUUACGACUGGCGACUCCCGAUCGCUCCAGGCUUCGCUAUGCCCUCGUCAACACCAUCGCCGCCUCACAGUGGAUCGUCAUUCCCACCCUCAUGAUUUGGAGUCUCAACAAAUUCUCCGUCGACUCGGACGCAAGCGGAUGGGUGGAAAAGACGUUCAAUGGGAGAAGAGCACAGCACAACACCUGGUCCACAUGGCUUUUCGGUAGCGACGGUCUGGUGCAGUCCAUGACCAUCGGUGCUUGGGAUAGGCUGUUGCGCUGGUCAACUCCUGUCUUCCAGCUGAGCGAAGGCUUCUGCAGUCUACUCGUCAUCCAGGCUGCUGGUCAGAUCACAAGGUACCUGGUAAACCGCGAGGGAGGUGAUGGCUGGAUGAUCGGUCUGCUGAUCACUUCUGCCUCGAUCAUCUCGAGUUCCGUUUACUUUCUCUGGAGAAUCACCACCUUCCCCGAGCUCGGUAAUGUCGACGCUAUUCUCAUCGGCGUUGCCAUCACCUGUGCUUUCUUCCUUUGCGUUUGGGGCAUUGGCAGCGGCAAGGGCAAUCCCGUCGAGAGUUCGCUUCUUUUCGCCUACAUCACCCUGUGCAUCUACCAAAUCUUCACCGAUUACCAACCAUCGAACCCGACCUAUUCCACUCCAGCGCCCACCGAACCAGACUUCCCGCCUUUGCCUCCGAUCAUCAUGGCUUCAUACUCGACCCUAAUGCACGCCCUCUCUACUCUUCCGUCUACCAUUCACACUUCUUUCAACUUCCUCUUCGCAGCUAUCAUGACCAUCACUCCUUCUGUCAUCAUCUCGCUGGCCUACCGCCUCUUCGUCAUGUAUGCUUCUGCUCGCAUCAUUCCAGCUGUGCGUGAAUCCGGAGCUCGCGCACUUUCACAGGAGCCUUCCCUCGAGGACAGUGACGGGGUCGGACAGGUUCUUGGUUUCCUCGGUUACUUCAGUCCAAGUAUCCUCAUUGCAGUCUAUACCAGUCUACUGAUGCAGCAUUUCGCCUCGGCCUCUGCUGAUCAUCCUGGAGAAUGGUGGACUAGUCAGGGCGGCGAUGCAGGCAGCAAUGUCUGGAGGUGGGCCAAUCUUGCUGGUACCAUGGCACUCUACGCAGUUGAAUUAUAUCUCGGCAAAGGUCACGAUGACAGCAGUCUGACAAGUCACUGGAAAAUCGACUGA